CACGCUCGGCGGCGCGCACGCCUGCGGGAGCCCUCUCCAGGCAACCUGGUGCUGAUCGCUCGUGCCGGUGCGGCCGUUAAACGUCGUAGCGGGAGCCUGAGGCUCAAAAGCAGCCCCCUCCCCUUCUUGGGUUUCCUUCACUCCCUUCCCGGCCGGUCUCGGGGCAUGAACAGCGAUGGCCGGCUGCAGCCCAGAAGAGAAAACUUACCGGCGCUUCCUGGAGCUAUUCCUGGGCGAGUUUCGUGGUCCUUGCGGCGGGGGCGAGCCAGAGCCUGAACCCGAGUCUGAGCCCGAACCUGAACUGGUAGCAGCUGAGGCGGCCGAAGCUUCGGUCGAGGAUCCCGGGGAGGAGUCGGCCACGGUAAACGCAACGGAGGAGGGAGAACCGGAGCAAGACCCAGAGCCCGAAGAGGAGGCGGUUGAGGAGGAGGCGGAGGCGGUGGCGGCGGCUGAGGGCGAGGAGGAGGAGGAGGAGGAGGAGGAGGAGGCAGCCCCGGGGCACUCGGCCGUGCAACCGCCGCCGCAGCCCCAGCUGCCGCCGCUGCCCCCGCUCCCGCGACCGCUGUCGGAGCGCAUCACCCGUGAGGAGGUGGAGGGCGAGAGCCUGGACCUGUGCCUGCAGCAGCUCUACAAAUAUAAUUGCCCUUCAUUUUUGGCUGCUGCGUUAGCCAGAGCCACAUCAGAUGAAGUGCUUCAAAGUGAUCUUUCUGCACAUUAUAUCCCAAAGGAAACGGAUGGCACAGAAGGGAGUGUGGAGAUUGAGACAGUGAAAUUGGCCCGUUCUGUCUUCAGCAAACUACAUGAGAUUUGCUGCAGCUGGGUGAAAGACUUCCCUCUCCGCAGGAGACCCCAGCUUUACUAUGAAACAUCAAUCCAUGCCAUCAAAAACAUGCGCAGGAAAAUGGAGGACAAACAUGUCUGCAUUCCUGACUUUAAUAUGCUCUUCAACUUAGAGGAUCAGGAAGAACAAGCUUACUUUGCAGUUUUUGAUGGCCAUGGGGGAGUAGAUGCUGCCAUUUACGCUUCCAUUCACCUACAUGUUAAUUUAGUACGCCAAGAGGUAUUUCCCCAUGAUCCUGCUGAGGCUCUGUGCCGGGCCUUCCGGGUCACUGAUGAGCGGUUUGUGCAGAAGGCAGCUAGGGAGAGCUUAAGAUGUGGGACCACAGGAGUGGUGACUUUUAUCAGAGGCAACAUGCUACAUGUGGCCUGGGUGGGUGAUUCCCAGGUAAUGCUUGUGAGAAAGGGCCAAGCUGUUGAACUAAUGAAACCACACAAACCAGACAGAGAGGAUGAAAAACAGCGAAUUGAGGCCCUUGGAGGUUGUGUAGUCUGGUUUGGUGCCUGGAGGGUGAAUGGAAGUCUGUCAGUCUCCAGAGCUAUAGGAGAUGCUGAACACAAGCCAUAUAUCUGUGGGGAUGCAGAUUCUGCCUCUACUGUUUUGGAUGGGACAGAAGACUACCUCAUUCUGGCCUGUGAUGGCUUCUAUGAUACUGUGAAUCCUGAUGAGGCAGUGAAAGUUGUGUCUGACCACCUGAAAGAGAACAAUGGAGACAGCAGUAUGGUUGCCCACAAAUUAGUGGCAUCAGCUCGUGAUGCUGGGUCAAGUGAUAACAUCACUGUUAUUGUGGUAUUCCUGAGGGACAUGAACAAAGCUGUAAAUGUUAGUGAGGAAUCAGAUUGGACAGAGAACUCUUUUCAAGGAGGGCAAGAAGAUGGUGGGGAUGAUAAGGAGAAUCAUGGAGAGUGCAAACGCCCUUGGCCUCAGCACCAGUGCUCAGCACCAGCCGAUCUAGGCUAUGAUGGGCGUGUGGAUUCAUUCACUGAUAGAACUAGCCUGAGCCCAGGGUCCCAAAUCAACGUGCUGGAAGACCCAGGCUACCUAGAUCUCACACAAAUAGAAGCAACCAAACCUCACAGUGCCCAGAUUUUGCCAUCAGUUGAGAUGUUUGGUCUUGGUGCACCAAAGCAAGCAAAUCUUAUUAAUGAGCUAAUAAUGAAGGAAAAAUCAGUUCGAUCAUCAUUGCCUGAACGGAAUGGUGCUGGAGAGUUUCCAGGGCAGCAGAUAUACAGAAUGGAGAGCUUGGCUCUUGUCUGUUCUGGGUUGGAAAGUGAACAGUUCAAAUACCUGGGAAAAAGAGUUUCUAGAUUGUAUCAUUUACGCCACUACUACUUCAAGAGGUGGCACGGAUUCAGGUUCAAUCCAAAGUUUUAUUCAUUUCUCUCUGCUCGAGAGCCUUCCCACAAAAUGGGCAUCAGCCUGUCCACACUUAUUCGAAGUGGGAAGAGAAACAGGAUGUUAAGAAGUUAUGUGCCAUGGAGGGAAAAUAGUUGGAAAGGGUAUAGUGAAAAUACAAUGAGAAAGGUCAGAAAGGGUAAUGAUAUUCCAUAUGCAGAUCUUCUCUGGAGCCAUAAAAUAUAAUACGUUUUCUUUAAAGUAGGCUAGCUAGCUAUCCCUCAAUUAAAAACAUUAUCAGAGUAGAAACAAGGUAGACAUUUCUAAACACAUGUGCUUCAGUAUGAAUCCAUGGAUGGCUCAAUUCUUAAAUGUAAAUAGAUCUCUAGGAAACUCAAAUUACAGUGUUUUCAAUCUAAAAAAAAAAGUAUUGGCAGUUUCACUAGCAAAAUUAUACAACUGGUCCCUGUGAUGUGUCUCUACACCUACAUACGUCCCCUCUCCAGCACCCCUUCACGUCACUAGUGGAAACUUGAAAGUUAUUUCAGUCAGGAUAUAUUGAAAUAUAUAGUGUUGAAUCUCAACUCAGUUGAAAUCUGGUCUGAUGUGCCUAAUCUACUUACAGAGAACAAUGAAGAACUAAAUUGGGAACCAUCUCUCAAGAUCCUGGGGACUAAGAAAGAUCCCCCCAACCUUUUUUUUUUUUUGGCAGGUGAAAGGCUAAAAGCCAUAUGUGUUUUAACUGGUAAUGAUGAAAGUGGAAAACUAGUGUAAAAGUGUCAUAUUCUCAGGCUUUUGAGGCAGUAUACAGUCAAAGAUUUAUUGACUUUUUUUUUCUCUGUAACAAAACUUUUUGAAUCAAAUAUUUCCUAGGGCAGCAGUUACUUGGGAGUUUCAUAACCUGUUAUGGUGCUUUUGGUGGAAUUUUUAUUUGUCAUUUUAUGAGACCGCUGUCAGCUGGUUUUAAUCUAUGAUGCUAAUGUGUUUUCACUGUACCCUCAUCUCAGGAAUAAAACUGGUUUAAUAGAGAUGAUGUCAGGUACAAACAUACACAAGAAUCAAAAUGCCAUUUAAAAAGAAAGUUAAAUACCAUUUUUUUUUGAAGUUCACACAUAGCAAAGAUAUGUACUACAAUAAUAUAUAAAAAGUGGCUUUGGAGAAUGAAAAAUGCCCAUUUUUACUUCUCUAAUAUUGUUUUUCCCAAGGGAAUGAAGUAAUUGGUAGCAGGAAGCUGAAAGUACUGCCUAAAGUGAACACAGAUGCCAAAUGCAAAGGAAGAUGCAGAUUACUGAGCCAGGUCUGUGUAGUUACAAUUGGAAGAUAUGAGCCAAUAGAAACAAGGUACAUGCAACUUCAUACUGCAGGGACAGGAUGUGCGCUUAUUUCAAUAUUUAGUUCUAUUUGACAGUUUUGCUAUUUCUGCAGUUUUAAGCCAGUAAAAGACAGCACCCUCUUAUUCUCUCAGAACCAUGGAGUCCCCCAGUUGCCCUUUCCUAGUUGACUAGGGACCAGCAGCCAUGCCCACAGAAAGGAGUAGCCCUGCUGUACUGACUGAUCGCUCAUGCAAGCUGGAUGUACCAACUGUCCACCAUCUAAUUAUGUUUUUACAUGCUGAUAAAAUUGGUUUAUGUUCCCUAGACCCAGGGAGUAGGACUACAAUUCCAUAACAUAGAACUACAAUUCCAUAACAUAGAUAUAAGUCAAAGACACAGAUGACUAUAGCAUAUUACAGGGGCCAGUAUCUAUAUCAAGUAAUUAGCAACAACAAAACGACAAAAAAAAAAACACUUUAGCAACAAUCAGAUUGUUAAUCUACAGAUUUUAUUUUUUAAAAUUUGGAUGUUAAGUAGAGAUUUUCAUUAUUUGUUUUCUCUUGACUUUGAAGUAAUUUAUUCUUUCCUCAGUCUUGUGACACAUGGUUGAAAAGAAGAGAAUAAGUAACGUCUCCAGCUAUAUAUAUUACAAAUUUUCAUCAUUCUGAUGCUUUGCCCCAUACAUGUACCUCACUUAUAUCAUUUUCUGAAGCCUAGAUCAUGUUGACAUGCAGUCUCAGUUUCAAAUCAGAUUAUCUAAGGAAACAAAACACAGGCAGCAGAAUAUUGGUUUACAUUAUAGUCCAAAAUGCCUUUUUUUAAAAGAACUUUCUAUAGUUGUCUCUUUUGGGAAGAAGUUACAAUGAUAAGCUUUUUUAGUGAGGAAAAAGAUGGUUGGAUGGAACUGGGACAAACAGACACAUUUUUAAAGGUCUGGGUUUUGUAGGUCUGACUAUAUAGCAGUGUUAACUCCAUUUCUCAUAUCAUUAGCUCUCUCUAGAAAACAGAAAAGUAGUUCUAGUGUGGUCAAUAAACCAAUAUUGUAAAAAAUAGCAACUAUUCAUUUGUUCACAAUACUCGUAAUCAUAGGGUAGUUAGGUACCAUUUGUAAGGUAAGUCCUUUAAAAUUCUAUAACAUAUUAUAAAAAGUAGUGGUUAUUGGUCUGAUAUUGGUCUGAUAUAUGCUGCUCUUGGUUCUAUACAGUAGAUAAAAAGCAGUGCUUUGUGAAAUGCAGUGUUAAUAUUAAUGCCACUGGUGAUGGAAAGUAGCUCCCUUCAGUUCAAAUCCUGUGCCCUUAUUUGCUGCUUGCUAACGUAAGCAAUAAGUAACCCUCUAACUAAUGGUAUCUAUACAUUUCUGUAACUUGUAUUUAAUGAUGGUGUAUCUGGUGAUUGUAAAAAUAAUAGAUAUAAAAGUAUAAUAUACACUUAACUGUUAAUGCUGAGGUAUAGUCUGAAUUAUGUGUUUUGUACCUUUACUCAUCGUGUAAUUUAGUGGUGGUGAACGUUCUACACUCCAUAAAGAGUGGCAGUAUCCCUUUUUCAACUUACCAUGAUCUGCAUCAAUUUGUUUGCCUGCUAAACAAGUUUUGUUAGAAUAGGAAAUAGUAAAAACAAAAACAAAUAUAAACAAGAAAAGUGUACUACUGGUUAGGGAAACAGACUUCAAGUCACCAUCUGAAGUUAUUAUAAACUCCUUGUACAUUCACUGUGAGUUUCAAGGGGCGUCAGUCCCUAAUUUAAAGGUUUCCUUUUUCACUUUCUAGAUGUGUACUUUUGAGGGAUAUCUGAGGUUAGGCAACAUUACAGCACCAAAUACUUGGGGCUAUUAAUCCCAUUUAGGUCUGUACUACAGGGGUCAGGUAGAAACACAUGUAUAUACCUUUUCUUUACCUAGAAGUGCCAUCCAUUGUCCUUGAAAUAAAUCGACUAGAGUUCCUUGAAAGUUAACACCUUAACCAAGGACAAUGUCAAUCAUGUCAAUGUCAACACUGAGUCUAAUUCUGACCACAUUUAUAGUGGUAUAGCAUCAACACUGCAUUUUCAUGACAACCACACUCCAUUGUUGGAACACUGUGCCAGUAAGAAGUACAACAUCCAAUGGGCAGAUGAAAAUGACCCAUUUUCAGAUAAGACUGCUGUAGUCAAGUACUUCUUUCCCCAAGUACUUGCCGAGAAUUUAUGAGAAAAUGAUCUCAAUUUUUUGUGUGGUGCUGGGGAUUGAACCCAGGGCCUUGUACAUGAGAGGCAAGCACUCUGCCAACUGAGCUAGCUACAUCCCCAGCCCUCAAUUAUUUUAAUUUUUAAAAAUUUGUUCACUCAAUGAGCAUUUUCAAGCCAUAGAAGGGGAGAUACUACAAUUUAGUUCAACCUUAUCAUGGGACAAAUUUUUCUUUGGAUCAUAAAUUAGCAUGACCUGUGAAAAGAUUAAAUACUGCCAGUAUUACAACACAGCUAUCUUCCAGACAUAUGGUACUGUACUGAAAAAAUAAUUACUUCCUCCAGCAGCAUCUUAUGUAUUCUGAAGACUAUAUUUAUUCUACUAAUUAGAAAAACAAAAUGAAAUAGGACAGGGAACUCCAGACUGAUAUAGCAGUUACUAUUGAAAAGGAAAUACUUCAAAUUAACUUUGAUGUAUUAAAUAAUCCAAAUACAUCAUUGUUAACUCUCUAGGUGCUCUUUGGUGAGAGACAGGCUUUCUCUUUUUCUCUGCAAAGAAUUCUUUAUGGAGUGAAGUGAAUAUUUCUUAUCAAGUAAAUUUAUCAAUUUACAAACCUGCUGUACAGAUCACUUUUGAGUUCAGUUGUAAUCAUGAGUGAUCCUUCUCAUAUUUUAUUUAUUCAAACUGUUCAUUCAGGUAAAGAAUGUUUGAAAUUUUGCCAAUAUCUUAAUAAAACCCAGCAAUUUAAAAUCA